UCAAAGGGCUAAGAAAUGUGGUGACAUAGUUAUAUGUUGUUUGGUUCACACAGUUUUCCCACAAUUAAACCCACCGCAUUAUAUAAGCGAACAAGGACCUCGUCUGACCCCUUAUCUUCAUUGAUCUUUCUGCAAUUUCAUAAGUUUUCAUAGGGAAAAAACGAUGGGUUCUCGACCGGAGGACUGUGCGUCGUCUCAGAGCUUUGACGAACAACGUUGGGUCAUCCAAAUUAGGCAACAUCUUGAUGAAUACGAUCUCGAAGAGGAUGAUAAUGGCUUUCCAGUCUCCAUUUUUACAGUUCCAAAGCCCCUCUCCACUAUUAAACCGGAGGCCUUCACGCCUCAACUGGUCGCCAUUGGACCUUACCACCAUUGGAGACCAGAGCUUUAUGAAAUGCAACGCUAUAAGUUAUCGGCUGCUUGUCGAGCUCAGAGACAAUGGCAAAAGUCACAGGGCAUCAAGUUGCAGAGCGUGGUGGACCAGAUUAGUAAAUUCGAGAACAGGAUAAGGGCUUGUUAUCACAGGUAUCUUGACUUCAGUUGUGAAACGCUGUCAUGGAUGACGGCUGUUGAUGCCUGCUUUUUGGUUGAGUUUUUGAAGGUCUAUGGGCCACCCAUUCAUGGCGAAGAGGGGAAAUCUCUUGUUAGGGUUAGCUCGAGGAUGCAACAUUUGGUUGAUUUCACUAGGAGGAAAUCAGCCCAUAAUGCCAUUGUUAGGGAUUUGAUGAUGAUGGAAAACCAGAUUCCCCUGUUUUUGCUGAGAAAGCUUCUUGAGUUAGAGAACAAUUGCGUUUCUAAUCAAGCUGAAGAGGCUUUUGCAGCAAUGGUGUCUGGUUUUUGUGCAGAGAUUUCACCAUUGAAAAUCAUGGCUUUCUCGGCCAAGGAGUUUGCAGAGAGUGGCCAUUUGCUCGAGGUCUUGUAUAGAAUGAUGGUACCAAGGCCUAAUGCAAAGGAGGAUCAAGAAUUUGAUCAAGAGGAGCCUGAUGGCAUUGAACCACAGCGCUCUGAGCCCAGCACUACUGACUAUUGCAACCAAAUCCGCAGUCUCUUGAGCUCUCUAAGUUCGUUCUUCUCCUCAGUAAUAUCUUCUCCCCCAUUUCGUCGACUCCGAAGUCUUCUCAUCUCAAGGCCAUUGAAAUUCCUUCUCAAGCUUCCAUGGAAGAUCCUCACCAGUCUCCCUCUCUUCUCUUUCUUGAAAACUCCAAUAGAAUUUCUUGCAUUAUCUGGUGAGAAGAAUGAAGAUGGGACCUCCUCAAACAAAGACGCCUCGAUCUCAAAGCCCCCAUUAAUGGAGGAGCUCCACAUUCCCUCAGUAACCGACCUAUGCAAUGCCGGUAUCACUCUCUCUCUUUCCACGGGAGGCAUCUCCUCGAUCCAGUUCGACCCCAGUACAGGCUCUCUCUCUCUCCCUUCCAUCUCUCUGGAUGUUAACUCAGAGAUAAUUCUUCGAAAUCUCGUGGCCUUUGAGGCAGCAUCAGCUCCAGGUCCAUUGAUUUUCACCCGAUACACCGAGCUGAUGAAUGGGAUCAUCGACACCGACAAAGACGUGGCUUUGAUGAGAGAGAAAGGGAUUUUGGUGAACCGUUUGAAGAGUGAUAAGGAGGUGGCUGAAUUAUGGAAUGGGAUCAGCAGAUCAGUGAGGCUCACUGAGGUGGAGGGGUUGGAUAGAGUGAUUGAGGAGGUUAACAAGUACUAUGGGAGAAGCUGGAGGGUGGUAAUGGCUAAGCUUGUGAGGGAGUAUGUUUAUGGGUGGUGGAGGGGCCUCACGGUGUUGGCGGCGGUGGCGCUGCUGCUGCUCACAGGGGUGCAAGCCUUCUGUUCUGUCUACGUUUGUAGACGGUGGCUUGCCAUCACCGCCGCACCUGUUGGGUGACGGCGAACCUCACCCUCUCUCUUACUUGUUUGUGAUACUGCCGUCUCUCUCUCUCUCUGUAUCUAUGUGGCACCGCGAGUGCAGGUGUAUGAUACUCCUUCUCUCUCCCCUAAUGUUGUGUGUGAUUGUGUUUUUUUUAGUGCACGUGUGGGGUGCAUUCAUCCACGUUUAGAGAUAUUUCUUAUUGAGCGCGGCUGAUGUGUGAGGUUGUUCAAGUUUGGCUUGGUUUUGAGAGAUGGACGUGUGAAGAAAGCUCGAUCCCAAGUGAUCCUUUCUUCCUUUAUGUGGGGAAUAAAAUAUACCAGUAAAUAUUGUAUCAUACAAUGCGGAAAAUAUCAGUGUAGAUGUGGUUUUUAGUGGCAUUUGUCAACAUGUUUAAGGUUUCAAAAUGUAUCUGGGGCAUAGUUAUCCCUUUGA